UAGUAGUAGUAGUAGUAGUAGUAGUAGUAGUAGUAGUAGUAGUAGUAGUAGUAGUAGUAGUAGUAGUAGUAGUAGUAGUAGUAGUAGUAGUAGUAGUAGUAGUAGUAGUAGUAGUAGUAGUAGUAGUAGUAGUAGUAGUGGUAGUAGUAGUAGUAGUAGUAGUAGUAGUAGUAGUGUAGUGAAGGAGAACACAA